GCUCCUUUUUCUGCUCCCCAAGUGAGCCCGGCGCGCGAGAGGCAGGCGGGGCGGCGCGGAGCAGGCAGCCCAGCGCGCUCGCCCACCGCCCGCUCGGCGCAGCUCCCCGCGGCCGCUCCUGUCGCCGCCGCCGGCGCGUCGGAGGGAGCCCAGCAUGGCCGGGCCCGGCUCGCAGCGGCGCGCGUCCCGGGGGGCCUCGGCGCUCCUCGCCGCCGCGCUUCUCUACGCAGCGCUGGGGGCCGUGGUGCGCUCGGAGCAGCAGAUCCCGCUCUCCGUGGUGAAGCUCUGGGCCUCGGCUUUUGGUGGGGAGAUAAAAUCCAUUGCUGCUAAGUACUCUGGUUCCCAGCUUCUGCAAAAGAAAUACAAAGAGUAUGAGAAAGACGUAGCCAUAGAAGAAAUCGAUGGCCUCCAACUGGUGAAAAAGCUGGCAAAGAACAUGGAAGAGAUGUUUCACAAAAAGUCUGAAGCAGUGCGGCGUCUUGUGGAGGCUGCAGAAGAGGCACAUCUGAAACAUGAAUUUGAUGCAGACUUGCAGUAUGAAUACUUCAAUGCUGUGCUGAUAAACGAAAGGGACAAAGAUGGGAAUUUUUUGGAGCUGGGGAAGGAAUUCAUCUUAGCCCCAAAUGACCAUUUUAAUAAUUUGCCCGUGAACAUCAGUCUGAGUGACGUCCAGGUGCCAACGAACAUGUACAACAAAGACCCAGCAAUCGUCAAUGGGGUUUAUUGGUCCGAAUCCCUAAACAAAGUUUUCGUAGAUAACUUUGAUCGUGACCCGUCUCUCAUAUGGCAGUACUUUGGAAGUGCAAAGGGCUUUUUUAGGCAGUAUCCAGGGAUUAAAUGGGAACCAGAUGAGAAUGGAGUCAUUGCCUUUGACUGCAGGAACCGAAAAUGGUACAUCCAAGCAGCGACUUCUCCGAAAGAUGUGGUCAUUUUAGUGGACGUCAGUGGCAGCAUGAAAGGGCUCCGUCUGACUAUUGCAAAGCAAACCGUCUCAUCUAUUCUGGAUACGCUGGGGGAUGAUGACUUUUUCAACAUAAUUGCUUAUAAUGAGGAGCUUCACUAUGUGGAACCUUGCCUGAACGGGACAUUGGUGCAAGCUGACAGGACAAACAAGGAGCACUUCAGGGAGCAUCUGGACAAGCUGUUUGCCAAAGGAAUUGGAAUGCUGGAUAUAGCUCUGAAUGAGGCCUUCAACAUUCUCAGUGAUUUCAACCAUACUGGGCAAGGCAGCGUCUGCAGCCAGGCCAUCAUGCUCAUCACCGACGGGGCAGUGGACACCUAUGACACUAUCUUUGCGAAGUACAACUGGCCAGAUCGGAAGGUCCGCAUCUUCACCUACCUCAUUGGACGGGAGGCUGCUUUUGCAGACAAUCUCAAGUGGAUGGCUUGUGCCAACAAAGGAUUUUUCACCCAGAUCUCCACCUUGGCUGAUGUGCAGGAAAAUGUCAUGGAAUACCUGCAUGUACUCAGCCGGCCCAAAGUCAUCGAUCAGGAGCACGACGUGGUAUGGACUGAAGCUUACAUCGACAGCACUCUCCCUCAGGCACAAAAGCUUGCCGAUGAUCAGGGCCUCGUCCUGAUGACCACGGUCGCCAUGCCUGUGUUUAGUAAGCAGAACGAAACCAGAUCAAAGGGCAUUCUUCUGGGUGUGGUUGGCACAGAUGUUCCAGUGAAAGAGCUUCUGAAGACCAUCCCCAAAUACAAGUUAGGGAUUCACGGUUAUGCCUUUGCGAUCACAAAUAAUGGAUAUAUCCUGACGCAUCCAGAACUCAGACCACUGUACGAGGAAGGAAAAAAGCGAAGGAAACCUAACUACAGUAGCGUUGACCUCUCGGAGGUAGAGUGGGAAGACCGGGAUGAUGUGUUAAGAAACGCCAUGGUGAACCGAAAGACUGGGAAGUUCUCUAUGGAGGUGAAGAAGACAGUGGACAAAGGGAAACGGGUUUUGGUGAUGACAAAUGACUACUAUUAUACAGACAUCAAGGGUACCCCUUUCAGCUUAGGUGUGGCGCUCUCCAGAGGCCAUGGGAAAUAUUUCUUCCGAGGGAAUGUAACCAUUGAAGAAGGCCUGCAUGACUUAGAGCACCCUGAUGUAUCCCUGGCAGAUGAAUGGUCCUACUGCAACACUGACCUACACCCGGAGCACCGUCAUCUAUCUCAGCUAGAAGCCAUCAAGCUCUACCUCAAAGGCAAAGAACCUCUGCUCCAAUGUGAUAAAGAAUUGAUACAAGAAGUCCUUUUUGAUGCCGUGGUGAGCGCUCCCAUUGAAGCAUAUUGGACCAGUCUUGCCCUCAACAAAUCUGAGAACUCUGACAAGGGCGUGGAGGUUGCCUUCCUCGGCACUCGUACGGGCCUCUCGAGGAUCAACCUGUUUGUUGGGGCUGAGCAGCUCACCAAUCAGGAUUUCCUGAAAGCUGGAGACAAGGAGAACAUUUUUAACGCAGACCAUUUCCCUCUCUGGUACCGAAGAGCUGCGGAGCAGAUUCCAGGGAGCUUCGUCUACUCCAUCCCGUUCAGCACAGGAAUAGUCAACAAAAGCAAUGUGGUGACAGCGAGUACCUCCAUCCAGCUCCUCGAUGAACGGAAAUCUCCUGUGGUAGCAGCUGUAGGCAUUCAGAUGAAACUUGAAUUUUUCCAGAGGAAGUUCUGGACUGCCAGCAGACAGUGUGCCUCUCUGGAUGGCAAAUGCUCCAUCAGCUGUGAUGACGAGACUGUGAACUGUUACCUCAUAGACAAUAAUGGGUUUAUUCUGGUGUCCGAAGACUACACCCAGACUGGAGACUUUUUUGGCGAGGUCGAAGGGGCCGUGAUGAACAAACUGUUAACAAUGGGCUCCUUUAAAAGAAUUACCCUGUAUGACUAUCAAGCCAUGUGCAGGGCCAACAAGGACAGCAGUGACAGUGCCAGCGGGCUACUGGAUCCUUAUCAUGCCUUCCUUGCUGCAGUAAAAUGGAUAAUGACAGAACUUGUCUUGUUUCUGGUGGAAUUUAACCUCUGCAGCUGGUGGCACUCAGAUAUGACAGCCACAGCCCAGAAAUUGAAGCAGACCCUGGAACCUUGUGAUACAGAGUAUCCAGCAUUUGUCUCCGAGCGCACCAUCAAGGAAACCUCAGGGAACAUUGCUUGUGAAGACUGCUCUAAGUCCUUUGUCAUCCAGCAAAUCCCAAGCAGCAAUCUGUUCAUGGUGGUGGUGGACAGCAGCUGCCUGUGUGAGUCCGUGACCCCCAUCACCAUGGCCCCCAUUGAAAUCAGGUAUAACGAAUCCCUUAAGUGUGAACGUUUAAAGGCCCAGAAGAUCAGAAGGCGUCCCGAGUCUUGUCAUGGCUUCCAUCCUGAGGAGAAUGCAAGGGAGUGUGGGGGUGCACCGAGCCUGCAGGCCAAGAUGGUCCUUGUCGUCUUCCCUCUGCUCUUGAUGCUUUUUUCAAGGUGACACUGAGAUGUUCUCUUGGCAUGCUAAAUUAUGGAUAAACUGUGAACCAAAAUAUGGUGCGACAUAGGAGACAUGAAAUAUAGUCCAACCAUCAGCAUCUCAUGAUUUUAAACUGUGCGUGAUAUAAACUCUUAAAGAUCUGUUGACAAAAAAAAAAAAAGUUAUCUUUUUACUUUGCCAGUCAUGCAAAUGUGAGUUUGCUACAUGAUAAUCACCCUUCAUCAGAAAUGGGGCUGCAAGUGGGCAGUGUCCCUUCUGCUUGAAACCCAUUGAAACCAAUUUAAAACUGUGUACUUUUUAAAUAAAGUAUAUUAAAAUCAUAA